AUGAGUCUAUUCGCGUGCCCCAAUUCAUCGCGGGUGCUGCUGAGGUCUGCUCUUCAAAGAGCAGUCUCGAGGGCAUCGUCAUCGUCUGCGACCCAACAACCGUUUACACCAGCUCGAUGGAUCUCUGGACGUUCGUCUAAUAACCGAAACGGUCUCUUAUCGACUAUCAAUUGCCGAAGCAGCCCUUUCGGCAACAACCACACAUCGUACGAGACCCGACGAACGAUAUUCUUCGACAAGACGAUUCGAAAUUAUGAGGAACUGCCGAAGGAUUACAGGGACCAAGCCGGUCUUCAAUUCAGAAGCAAAGAUUUGACGGAAGCCGAGGUAGUGAAAGUUUUUGGAAAGGGUAUCAACGCAAAGAGGGCGAACCAAUUGCUACGUAUUCUCCAUGGUCGUCGAGUUGCCGGUACUCUCGACGAUCCAGCGUUUGCCGUUCAUACAGCAUCUUUCACCAAAGGUCAAAUCGCAAAGGGACUCGAAUACCUACGAAAGACAGUGUCCGUUGACGAAGUCAUGAACGCAGGACUCCGGGCUGAGGAUGAGCUAGCACAACUUGAGGCGGAAAAAGAGGCAGCGGAAAAGAAGAAGGCAAAGCCAGCUUCUAAGAAGAACAAGGGCGACAAAGGAGUCGAAGAGCCAGUUGCCCCAGUUUAUAAGCCAGAUCCUGUAUACGGCCACAGCAAGCUCGACGAAAUCCGAGCACGGAACGUGGCUAAGCGCAAGGCCCAGGAAGCUCUUGAGGAAGAGGCGCGCAAGGCAGCUGAGGCAAAAGGAGAAGUGAGCUCUGGCACUCUGGCCAACCUUGACCACAAGGCAGAGCGUCAGAUUGCCAACCCCAAGAUCGCCGAGUACUACAAGAACGCCCAGUCUGACCUGGAAGCUCCUGUUGAAGUCAGGAGUUGGGAGCGUAUUCUUCCCUCUGCCACUCUUGUAGCUCUUGUUGUUGGAUUCCUUGCUGCUGUUACUACCGUCUAUGAAGAACCUGCCCCUCGGUACCGUGUUUUCCCUGAUAUCUCAACUGCGCAUGCAACGCUUGGAGCUAUUGUCGGAGUCAAUGUGCUUGUCUGGGCGGCAUGGAGGGCUCCUCCUCUGUGGAAGCUAUUGAACCGCUACAUGAUCAUAGCCAUUGGUGCUGUGAAGCCUGUUACCAUGUUCACUGCGCCUUACUCUCAUCAGGGCAUGCGUCACUUGGCACUCAACAUGAUCCCUUGCUUCGUUGUUGGUUCUGCUCUGCACGAGGACAUUGGACGUGCCAACUUCCUUACUCUCUUCACGGCCUGUGGUGCGGUUGGUUUCGUAGGCAGUGUUGCUACCUAUGCUAUGCGAGGCAUGCUGGGAGUUACUACUCUGGGCGCCUCUGCAGCAACGCUCGGUGUCUGCGCCGCGUUCUUCUGGGAUCACCGUCUUGAUGGAUUCAAGUUCUUUGGUCUGCCCCAGGAUGGUGUGCCAGGUAUUAUCUUCCUAGCGCUUGUGUGCGUGCCGCAGCUUGCCGCCUUUGGCAAGACGGUCAAAUUGCAGAUCGAUAUUGCGUCGCACUUGUUUGGUAUCGCGACAGGAGUUCUGGGGAUGGAACUCAUCAACCGUAAGCGGGGGGACCGGUCUAGGAAGAUAAUCCCUAUCGGACGUCCAGUGGUUCAACCUAGACAUUCAACUCCGCGACCUAACUGA